AUGGGGCCGGGGCGGUUGCUGCCCACGCUGGCCCUGGCACUGGUGCUGGCUGUGGGGUCCCAGCCGCAGGAGCAGAUCCCCAGGGAGGUCCACAACCUCAACUGGAACAAGUUUGCAGGGUUCUGGUACAUUCUUGCCAUCGCCUCUAAUGCCCCAGGAUUCUUGCCGAGCAGAGACAAGAGGAAGCUAGGGGCGUGCAUGGUGAGGGUUCACAAAACGGGCCAGCUGAAGAUGGUCCUCGCCUUCAACCAGUCGCAGGGGUGCCAGUCCCACACGUUACUUCUGCGGAAAGACAGGAAGAAGGCCGUGUUCAGGAACACCCUGAAGGGCGUGGAGGGCUUCCGCGUGCUGUGCACCGACUACAGCUCCGGCCUCGUGCACCUGCGCCUGGGCCGGGCCGGCCGCUCCUCCAAGACCCUACUGCUCUUCAGCAGACAGACCACAUCCAGCUUCCCAAGUAUGAAAAAAUUCGUAGACACGUGUGAGAUGUUGGAGCUCUCAAAGAGUGCAACCAUUCUCCCGAAAGACGCCUCCUGUGCGCACACCAUCCUGCCGUGA